AUGAGUCAAUUAUUACAAAAUCCUACAACAAGAAGAAUACAUGUUAUUAUUUAUAACUGGAGUCAGGCAUCAAAGACAUCAAAGGCUUUCUUUAGUCUGUCUUUAUUAAAUCUAUUAUUACAAGUUACUUUUAUUUCAAGUACACUUUAUACUACUUGGAAUUUAUCUUGUCAAGAACCUUUUCGGUUGUUUUUAUUGGCUCAUGUUAUUCAAAGUGCAAUCGCAAUAUCAUUCGAUAUUUAUUUAUAUUUUGGAUAUUCAACACAUCAUGAAGAAGAUGGUAGAAGUGGUAGUUUUACUAACGUAUCUGUUGAAAAAGUUUUAAGCAACAUAAUUAGAAUAAAAAGAAACAAGUUGGGUAUUUCUCAAAAGGAAAUUUCAACCUUACCAAUCUAUCAAUUAUCUACAAAAGAGAAGGAAGAAGAAGAAAGAUGGUCUUCAACAAAUACAAUUCCUAUUAUUUAUAUACCUAAUGAUCAAGAUCGUCUAUGCGUUAUUUGCUUAUCAACUUAUGAAAAAAAUGAUAUCUUGUGUAAAUUAUGGUGUGAACAUCACUUUCAUAGAGAAUGUAUUUUUGAAUGGCUUAAAUUAAAUGCUACUAUGACUAUAGAGAAUAAGGUGCCUACAGUAACUAUUAUAGGUGCUGGUGAACAAAAAGAAAUUUUAAAUUAUCUGAAAAAUGUAGCCUCAAAAUAUAACAUGCUUGAAUAUACAGAUUUUGAGACCAAAACAGAGAUAGCUUAUUUUGAUCUAAUAUAUUCUGCAAUGGGUACAUUAGAUAUACCUAAUGUUCCUGAAUUAUUUAAACCCUUUCAUGGACCUAUUAUACAUUCUGCUGAAUGGGAUCAUUCUAUUGAUUUUACAGGAAAACGUAUUGCAAUCAUAGAAAGUGGUGCAAGUGCAAUACAGACAAUACCUCAUGUUGCUAAAAGUGCUGCUCAACUGAUAGCAUAUCAACGAUCAGCACCAUGGAUUAUACCACAAGUCAUAUCAAAAACAGCAAAAAUCCAACAACUUUUAUUUCGUAAAUUUCCUUUCAUCUUAUUUAUCUAUCGUCUUUACUUAUUUUUUAUAUUUGAGGCUCUUUACAUACUCUUGGGUUAUCCUCGAUCGUUUUUUACAAACUAUUUGGCUACCAAGAUUAUUUCAAGACACAAAAGGACCAUAACUCAAUUAGGUCGAGUGGACCUUUUAGAUAAGCUUUUGCCCAAGUUCCAAAUAGGCUGUAAAAGAGGGGGUUAUUCUGGGACCUAUUAUGAAGCAAUAACUAGACCAAAUGUAUCCAUUGUUGAUGAACCUAUUCAAAUUGUAGGAGAAAAUUCUAUCACAACCAUGGAUGGAGUAAGUAGAGAAAUAGAUAUUUUAGUAUUGGCUACUGGAUUCAAAACAUAUGAUACUACGUUGGAUAACAUACAGAGGCCAUACAGUUAUUUAGGACAUAAUUCAACCAUUUUUAAUGGUAAAAACAGUAUUAAGAAACUGAUUUUAUGUAAGCAUAACAAAAGAGGGCCAAUGAUUGAACCUAAGCUCAAGUCUCACGAUGAUUACAUGAAAUAUAUCAGAUCCUGUUUCAAAGAUACUACUUGGGUUUCCUCUUGUAUCUCUUGUAAAGUAUUAGGGCUACCUGAACCCACCUUACGUCUCUUGUGCACUGUCAUUUCAGCAUACCCAGUAGCUAAUCAUUAUAAAAAGAAAUUCUCAAGUGAAAGAGUCCAAGCCUCUACAGCUGCAGAACUGACCAUUGCUAUCAGCUAUGGACUCUGUUAUGUAUUUGGAGAACAAUUAGGCGAUCGUCAACUAGCUGCAGCUGGUGUAUGGAUCUUCAAUGCUCUCUACCUCUUGGCUGGGUAUUAUUUUAUGCAAACAGAUGAAUAUGAUAUCACCUGGACCAUGACACAGUGUAUUUUAUGUUUGCGUAUGAUGGGAUUUGGAUUUGAUUAUUAUGAUGGGUCUAAAAGAGUCACUGUAGCAGGACCUCCUUCAAAGACCGAGCUAAAGGAUCCCAACAAAGAAAAUGUACACAAGAUGACAUUAAGAGGAACGGCAGACAAAAAGCCAGCCGUUGAUUUACCAUUGUCCUUUAUGGCAGAUACCCCUUUAGUAACAUUACCUAGUAUUAUCGAUCUUCUCGCUUAUGCUCUCUUCCCAUCUGCCUUUUUAGUCGGUCCUCAGUUUUCAUUUUCAUUGUUUCAAAAAUGGAUCCAUGAAGAUUUAAGAGAUUUACCUCAUAGUGAAAGAGAGGAGCGUAAACGUGCACAGACGGUAUAUACAUGGCGUUGUGCUAUUUUAGCCAUCCUCUAUUUAGGUUUGCAGCAAACAGUAGGCGCCAAGUACUCUACUUCCUAUUUAUUAACAGAUGAGUUUAGAGCAUUGGGUUUUUUGAAACGUGUAUGGAUUUUUGCUGUUACUGGUAAAUUUACUUACAAUAAAUAUAUUGGUAUUUGGUUGCUAACAGAAGGUGCAACUGCAUCCUUUGGUAUCUCCUUUGAAGGUAUAAAUGAAGAAGGACAUGCGCAAUAUGGUGGAUUAGCGAAUACUCUACCAAGUAUAUAUGAGAAGGCAACUUCAAUUGAUCACGUCAUCAGUGCUUUUAAUAUCAAUACAAAUCUUUGGUCCAAAUACUAUGUCUUUAAGCGUCUCAAGUUUUUGGGUAGUAAAGAGAUAUCUCAAGCAGGAACAUUGGCCUUCUUAGCGAUAUGGCAUGGUUUCCAUGCCAUGUAUUUUAUAACAUUCUUAUUAGAAUUCCUUUAUGUUCAAAGUGAACUUGUCCUUCGUAGACGUCUUGUGCCUCUCGUUGAACCAUAUACCAAGAAGAAUGAAGUUUGUUAUUAUGUAUGGAAAGCAGUUGCCUGGAUUACCUGCCAGUUAUGUAUUACUUAUGCAGUUGUUGGCUUUGACCUCUUAAAGAUAAGCAUCAAUCAGUUUUUACCCAAAUCAAAAUCAAUAACAAAGAAGAAAAAGGGACAAUAA